GGUCCCAACUAUCGCCGCUAUGUAUAAGCGCGUUGAGGUAGCAUACGUGCAACAUAGGCUCUAUCGAACGCACAGCGAGACAUCAGUUUAAUCAGGACCAAAGUAGGAUAACACCAACCGAUCAUAAUAUUAUAGCCUAUAAAUUGUAAUAAAUAUCUGAUACUUGUUUAAGACAAAAAUCUUGGAAACAGGUUUGUUAAUAGGUAGUGGAAAAGGCUAUAGCGGGUCGGUCAGUACGACAGCGACCAUAUUUCGCCAGGAACAGUGAUAUAAAGGAUAAAGGGACGUCGAAAAGACCUCACAGAAGGAAGCAGACCACACCAGCGCGUCAACGAAGUAUCUGCCUCUCUCGACAAACGUUCAUGAUGGCUCUUCCCACAGACACCCUAAAGUACCCUCUGCCGGCGGACCAACCUUUGGUGUAUCCAGGAGUAGGACGCAGCCAACCACCGCAACCAGCCCCGCAGCAAGCCCCACCAGCAUACUGUGACGCCCCGCCCCCUUACUCUCAAACCACCGAGACGCACAUCUACCAGACGACAGCAAAUACCCAGCAGCAGCAGCAGCCAAUCAGCAACACGCCCGUCGUGGUUCAACGCCCCGCCCCCGUGACGUACGGCACAAUAGGAUCGCAGCGUGUGGUGGAGACGGUGCCGUUGUCGCGACGGACGACCAUGUCGGUGGUCUCCGAUCUCGAGACGGGCCAGACGUACACGGUGAAGGAGAGGACAAGUCUCACCGGCCGCCGGAGCAAGACGGUCAUCCGCGAGCUGGGAGGGGGCGGGGCCAAAACCGUCGUGAAGACAACGCCACGCAGAACGGUGGUCAAGCAAAAGUUUUGAAAGAGAGGCAAUGACGUCAUCGCUAAACGUUGUCUGCUCGAUUUUUAAAACAUUUUUGGGAGUUUUUGAGAGGUUUUCCACGGUGUCUUUCAUCUACUCAUUAAAAAAAAGCAUCAGAAAACACUAACAUUCUCAUCACUUCUCGGUCGAUAAUACACGUCAUGCGACAAGAAAACAUAUCGGGACUGCGAAAGAUAAAAGGGUGCUGGUCCACUUGACAGCCUACGGCAAUAUGUUUCUGUCUUACUUGAUGGUCUCCUAUUGGACCAGCCCGAGCUGAUGGAGUCACCGGGGGGCAGAAGGUGCACGUGUAUUUACCACAGGGACAACGUCAACCAAAAGACUUACGAGCAGAAAUGACAUUUGUGCUGGGCGGGGGAGGGGGGGGGG